AUGGCAGAACAAAGUGAAAAUAUCUUUUCUAGUCACACUUUUGUAUAUGAUUAUCCAAAUAGUUCAAAAAUUGAAACUUAUUACCAAGCAAAUAGAAGAUUAUUUAGUUCAUUUUAUAACAUUAUUUCUUUAGAAACCUAUUCUACUUUACUGAAAUUAACUUAA